GGCAGCUGUGAGUUCUGUGUCAGCACAACUGCACUAGGUCACAGUAAUGGCUGCUGCCUGUGUCUCAGUUUCUAGAGGGUGGGCCCAGCUGCCUCCUGCCUCUCUGGGAUGCCUCUGAGCUUAGUGCCGUUCAACGAGAACCACUGCAAAGACAGGGUUAAGAGCACAAAAGAGCUGCAGACCAUAUAUGGAGAAACCCAUUUCUUCAAACGGGGAGGAGUUCCCAUUCUGCUUUUUGUUUUCUCAAAGCUGAGGUCAGCUGUGAUUGGUAAAACGGAGAGACGCGCCCACUCCCAGACCUGCGGUGGCUCUGGAUUCCAGCAUCCAGGGCUCCGGGCCAGGCAGACUGAGCAUGCGAGUCACACUUGCUGUGACAGCCUGGAUGGUUUCUUUAGUCUCCAGUUAUUCAUCUCCAGCAGAUACUUUGCCAGAUAUCAAGGAUGAAGAUUUCAUCAAAGAGUGUGUUCGAAUGCACAACAAGUUCCGAUCAGAGGUGCAGCCAACGGCCAGUGACAUGCUAUACAUGACUUGGGACCCAGGACUAGCCCAAAUUGCAAAAUCGUGGGCAAGAAAUUGUCAAUUUUCACAUAAUACACGGCUGAAGCCACCCCACAAGCUGCACCCAAAUUUCACUUCACUGGGAGAAAACAUCUGGACUGGGUCUGUGUCUCUGUUUUCUGUGUCUUCAGCUGUCACAGCCUGGUACAACGAAACGAAGUUCUAUGACUUCAAGACUCGGAAAUGCAGCAACGUCUGCGGCCAUUACACUCAGGUUGUUUGGGCAGAUAGUUACAAAGUUGGCUGUGCAGUACAAUUUUGUCUUAAAGUUUCUGGCUUUGAAGGUCUUUCCAAUGGAGCACAUUUUAUAUGCAACUACGGACCAGCAGGAAAUUACUUUACUUGGCCAUAUAAGGAAGGAUCCACUUGCAGUGCCUGCCCCAAUAAUGACGUCUGUUUGGACAAUCUCUGUGCUAACCCACAGCGAGACAAAGUCACACGUUACUACUCUACCGUGUAUCCAGACUGGCCGCUAUAUUCACGUAACAGAUACCUCUCUCUCUUUCUCAUCAUUAGUCCGCCAAUCCUAUUACUCAGUGUUAUAAUUACCAUUUGGGUCAAGCACAGAUAUCCUCAUAUUUAGUUGUUGAACUCAUACAAUCCAGAAAAAAAAAAUAAACAUUCAUAUGGCUCUUUAAAAGAUAACUGGGUUCAAUUCAAAUUUUAAAACAUUUCAGAAAAAAAAUGUUGUUGCAAUAAACCUUUGAUCAAAAGAAA